AUGCCCGAGGCGAGAUGGCGCCCCGGAAAACGGGUUGCUAUCGUUGGAGGAGGACCGGGAUCGAUUUCGGCCGGUCUAGCUUUCAUCAAAAGAGGGUAUGACGUCCGCAUCUUCGAACGACAGCCAGAGUGCAAGGCUAUUGGGGGCGCAGUUUUGCUAUCAACACCUGUCUUGGCUAUUCUACGAUCCUAUGGCUUAGACCCAAAGGAUUUUGGCUCCCAUACAGUGACCUAUUUCAAGAAUAAGUCAGGCGCAGAACGUGUUAAAUUGCCCUUCAACCCAGAGAUUGAGAAAAGUAUGGGUAUCAAAGGCUGGCACUAUGGCGUUCUUCGCUCCUCUAUGUUCAAGAAGAUGCUAGACCUCGUUCCAAACAAUGUGAUCUAUGCCAACCACGAAUUUACUUCAUAUAUUGAGCAUGAGGAUAGCGUUGAGCUUUUCUUCAAAGGUGGUCAUCAAGAGAUAGCAGAUAUCUUGGUUGGAGCUGAUGGGAUUCGCUCAGCUGUUUCUCGACAAGCAUUUGGUGAGGCUCAAUUGUUUCACACUGGAAUCCGGCUAUGGCUUGCCUGGUGUGACCAGAUUCCUGAUAUUCCACCCAACUAUGGUUUCAUCUCACAUGAUUGGCAAUACCAAGCCAGUUUCUUUCCAAUGAUCCAUGAUGGGAAGCCAGGGUUUGAAUGGUGGGUGGUUGAGCCUUCGUGGGAUGGAAAGCCUGUCCCUGAAGACCCCAAAGCCCAUCUUACUGAGAUUCUGAAAGACUGGUCUCAGCCAAUGCCUCGGUUCUUGGAAGCUACAAACUUCGACACUCAAGUUUAUCGUUGGGAGAUUUUCAACAGACCAUCGAUGAAGAAGUGGUCUAAGGGUCGGGUCGUAUGCCUUGGUGACGCUGUCCAUCCAGUGUCACCAUAUGCUGCAUAUGGGAUGGGUAUGGCAAUCGAAGAUGGCUACUUCAUUGCUAAAUUUCUCGAUGGUGUUGACCUACGGAAUCAGCCAGCAAUAAGCGCUGGGUUUGAGCUAUACGAAAAGCAAAGAGUCGACUACGUCAAUCAUAAUGUCGAAUUCGCCCGUUUCCUUGGCAGAAUGUUCCACUGCGUUCCCCGACCUUUUGCUUGGAUCAGAGACUGGAUUUUUGACUAUACGCCUGUGUUGAGUAACUUCCUCAAAACUGGCUAUCUGAAAAAAUCGGAAGAAGAAACACUCGGUCUCAAAGAACUCCAGGUGACUUGA